UACGUGAAGGGAUAUUUGCAAAACCUAAUUGCUAAGUGGGUUAUACAUGUUGCCUUGUGUUUAAGUAUAAUUUAUAAGGUUUCCAAAGUGUUUGUUGGAAAGUAGUGACAGAUUGUGUAAACUGUGAGGCUGCAGAAAGAAUAUAUAAUGUCUGUGUAUGUGUUUGAAUGGACUCGGACAGUUAUAUCUCAGCAGUAUCUUGAUUCCAUGUCAGUUGAUUCUCAUACCGACAAGAAUAAUGUAAUAAAAGAAAUGGCUUUGACAGCGAAGGUUAAAGUUGAAUGGAAUAAUAAAGGCCAGGUAUUUUUGGAAGGCGCAUGGGAACACAUAAUGAAAAUACAUAUUAUGCUGGUGAAGUAUUUAAAAAUCCCAAGUCAGAUGAAUGAUGAAGAUGAAAUUAAGGAAAUUGUGACACCACCUUCUAGCAAGCCAUUACCAAUAACUCCUGUGCUCAGUUCUCCAGUUCCAAAGACAAAUGCCAAAACAGUCAUACGUUACAUCAGACAGAAAUAUUUAAAUGCAAGUCGUCGAAAGAAAGAACUGCAUCUCCAAAACAAUUUGGCAAUACAAAGCAAGAAAACAGAACCUGAGAUUGAAGAGACAGUUGCUGCAAGGAACAGUAAUGAUGAAUCAAAACAAGAGAAUGAAGUUUAUGUAAACAUCACAGUUAGUGGCGAUGUUGGCAGCUUAACAGGACUGUUAUUACCAGUUACCAGUUCAGGUCAAGAGACUCUCGCACAGUUACCUUAUCAGGUGUCUGUGUCUGAAUCUAACCUGAGUACAGAUGCCGUGCUAAUUCUGGAAAAGAACAUUAAGAGUGAAAAUGACGUUGCAGUUGAUGGUAAUAAUUCUGGGCAAUCAGUUUGCCAUUAUGAGUUGUCCAACAACUCUGUUAUAGAAACAUGUCGAAGAGCAGACUCUGUUAACGCAAGACAGGAGUUUGUAGGAGAGAACAUUCAUGGCAUAAAGGAUUUUAUGACACAUGUAGUGCAAGACAAUACAGAUGUUGGUAGAACUAUUUGGCAUAGCGAUAAUAAGCAGUUUUUUCAUAAUCAAGAGGCUUGUAGAAAUGAAAGUACAGACAUUCUCUAUUCUCUUAGUUGUGAAUCUGCAAAUUGCAAUAUUAAGUCAAACGAUGCAAACGUACAAGAAACUGACAUGCAGAAUGGCAAGAGAUGUGUAAAGAAGAAAGAUUAUGAGAAGCUGGCACCAUUUAAAUUUUUCUGCACACUCUGCUCAUUUAAAUCAAAGCGUGAAAGUCAUUAUCAACGUCAUCUGGAAUUGCAUUCAAAAGUAUCUGAAUUAUUCUCAUGCAAGAAGUGUGACUUCACAACGAUCAGAUUAGGUCAUCUACGGCGACACGAAAUGAGCCACAGUGAUACAAAGUUUGUGUGUGAUAUGUGUCACUAUCAUACUGACCAUCAUAAAUUCCUAUUGAGGCAUCAACGUAUUAAGCAUGCCAGUAUACAGGGACAGGAGAACAUAGCACAGAAAGAGUUGCUGAGAUGUGUUGAGUGUGCGUACAGCACGACACGGCCAUACUUCUACAAGCGACAUUUACAGGCUCAUACAGGUGCAAACAGUUCCCUACUUAGGGAUGAGCACAGGUUCCACUGCCAACAGUGUUCAUACAAGACAGGUCGCAAGGUUCACUAUAUCCGACAUGUAAACAACGUGCACAACAAUAAGCGUCCAUAUCUGUGUGAUCACUGUGGUAAAGCAUUCAAGCGGCCAGAUGCCCUCAAACAGCAUCGUGUAACUCAUGUGGAGCUAGACCCCAAUCUGGGAGCAUUCCGCUGUCCUGUGUGUGGCAAAUGUUGUCGUGCCCAAGCUCAGCUCACCCAACACCUGGCUGUCCAUUCUAAUGUUCGUUCCUUCCUGUGUGAGAUUUGUGGAUCAUCCUUCAAGACUCGUGCAGUGCAGCGCAAACAUGUUCUCACCAUUCAUAAGAAUCCAAAGGCUUUCUCCUGUUCACAGUGUUCACGUAAAUUCAACACCAAAUAUGCCUUAAGACGUCACAUGAAACAACACAGUCUGGACAAGAAGCGCAAGCCUAGUGGUAGUACUGAUGAACGUGCAGUUGAAUUUCUACCAAACAGAACACUCUCACUGCAGACAGAGCCUGAGGAAAACUUAAAUGUGCUUCAGAGUGAACCUGUCUUAAUUCAGGAAGCACCCAGAACUCACAUGCAUGACAGUCAGACAGCAAUAACUGUGCAAGUAAUUGGAUUCAUGCCAUAUUCAGAUACAAACUGAGUAAAUAAAAUUACUACAAAUUUGUGCAUCUCAAAUAUUUCUGUUUUAAAUCCUGAAAUUGUUACGAUGCAAUUUUGUUUUUGGUGUGUUCUGUGAAAUGGUGAUAAAGAUGGAGAAAACAGUUUUUCA